CUUCUGAUUGAGGUCGGCGCGAACCUGGAGGCCCACGACUGCCAUUUUGGAACGCCUCUGCACGUGGCGUGUGCACGAGAACACCUGGUUUGCGUGAAGUUAUUGCUGAACGCAGGAGCCAACGUGAACACAGCCAAACUUCACGAGACGGCCCUUCACCACGCCGCCAAAGUUCGAAAUGCUGACUUGGCGGAGAUGCUGAUCGAAUUCGGAGGAAACGUUUACGCCCGGGACAACCGAGGGAAAAAACCCUCCGACUACAGUCAGAGCAACAGCUCGGCAAAGUGUUUUGCAUAUUACGAAAGAACCCCCCUGCGGCUCUCUCAGCUUUGUCGUCUCAGUCUCCGUCACGCUCUCGGCCAAAAAGCCCUGGAAAAGAUCCCCCACCUCCACAUCCCUACAAAAUUAGUUGAAUUCCUCUCCUACAGCCAGUGAGCUGCCCACGGCCCCCGUCUAAGGACCCCCCCCCAAUCAUCACCCUGCAAAGUUCGGCUUGUGCUCUUCCGAAGCCACCCUCUUUCGGAACAACGUGCGACUUUUUUCUCGAACGACUGUAAAUAGAAAUGUUAAAACCGUGGCUGGAAGCG